ACUAAAUCGAGUUUUUUCGUCGGACGCCUUUCAGUGUAACUCCCGUGUGCGUCACAGUCUAAACAGUACGACGACUACAGCAAUGGAGGGAAGAAUGAGCCGAGGCCGUGGCGGUAGUUGGAAAAGAGGUGGCCGAGGCGGACACGACGGUGACUCUGCCGGCAGUGAACACCGGGGCAGAGGCCGGGGAGGUCACCACCGUGGUAGGGGCAAAAGAGACCAUUAUCGUGGUCGUGGUCGUGGUGGAGGAGGCGACCAAGCGGUGAAUCUGCACCAGAAUCAAGAUGGAGGAGACAGGGUGGAGGAGGACGAUUACAGGGGGGAGGUCUUCUCCAGAAGGAAGCUGGAGUCCAACUGGGAUCGUUACAAAGAGUCUGAGAAACAGGAGCCAGGCAAUGACGACACGCCCACUAAGAGAGGAGAAGAUUUCCAAGUCCUGCUGGAGACCGCAGGAGAUUCCUUCACUCAAUUCCGAUUUUUGGAGGAGAAAGGCUGGGAGAUGGACUCGUUUACAGGCAGUGAGAUGUCGCCUGUGUUUGUUGAUCUUCCAGCUUUGGCCCAGACUCUUCAGCAGGUUCCUCUGCAUCAGAGACUCCACCUAGAGGCUGAACUGUUGCAGGUCCUGACUCCAGUGGAUCUGCCUGUGACCAUCCCAGCACCUAAACAGGAAGUGUCCAAACCAUCCACCCUCACUCCUGUGUCUGUGGCCUCACCAAAAGCUCUUAAUCUGACCAACAAGACGUCUCCAAACCCUGUGAUUAGAUCAGACUCUAAGGUUUCUUCAGGAGCCGACGUGGAGCCUCCUGUGGACGAUGGAGACGAGGAUUUGGAGCUGCUGCUGAAAUUAGAGAAACCAGUGAUGGGAGUGGAAGAGAACAUUUCUGCUGUGGUCACAGAGGAGGAGGAGGAGGAGGAGAAGAAGGGAGAGAGAGGGAGAGGUAUCUGACGACAUGAAGGAGGAGGUGAAGAAGGAGGAGAAGAUCUCACCUCCACAAUCUGCUGCCGUCAAGCAGGAGCUGACAGAGGAGGAUCUGGAGGAGUGGCUGGACAGCAUGAUCUCCUGACAGUGUCCAAGAUGGACAACAACAAGGAAGAACGUGUGGGGACUUUCCUGCUGGACUCCACGGACAAAUGAUAAAUGCAGCUCCAGAAGCCUUAGCCGUGGAGAGCAACACAUCAACUUUAACGCAGACAGACCAAAACUGACUGACCUGUAAACCUUGAAGGACAAAACUCAGCCCUUGCCUUCUGCGUCACCUGAACCUGUUAGAGACGUCACCUGGUGCAAACCUUGGGACCCACCCCAGAGGAGGCAUACUAUUUGAAUGUAUUUAAAAAACACAGAUAUAAUAUUAUGUCUUUUUCAUAUUUUAUUUGUAAGAGUGACUGAUGAAAUACACCUCUUGAAAAUCCCAAGGUUUCACUGUAAGAGAAUAUAUUGCUAAUUGAUAGCAUGUAUAUUUAACUACUGUAUCCAAUAAUAAAUAGGUACGUGAGCUGUCAAAAAAAA